AUGAGUUUUCGGGGCAAAAUAACCUUUACAUCUCUUUUACUAUUGGUUAUUCUAUUUCAUUUAUUUAAGGUCGACGUCACAUUUCUCAAUAGAAUGGCAAACUAUAAAACCAUUGAACUUGAGGCUGGAGUAUUUCCAUUUGCUUUGAAUGAUGAUCUCCUCGAGAAUUGGCAAACAGCGAUAAAUAAAUCAAUUCCUUUGUUUUUACAUGAUUUUGGAUCUCACAACGAAUUCGCUAUUAAUUUGUAUAAUAAAGAGUUUAUUACUAAAAGUCAGACAACAAACGAUAAUUUCAUCUCAAAUUUUCUGGAAUAUUUUCUAAAUUAUUUUCAAUAUAAAAAAUCAAAUAAAAAAGACAAUAAGCUUUGUUCUUAUUAUUUAAAAUUGCCCAACUUUCCAAAAAAUAUAUCAGAAAUGAUUACUAUUCGGUGUUGGUUAGAACAUCUCUUUAAUUGUGGUUUUGAAUAUGCCGACUUUAAUACAAUUGUAUUUAAUCCAGAAUUAAUUAAUUUAUUAUUUGAUAACGACAAAACAAUUCCUCUUCAAUUUAACAUUCAAAAACUGUCUCUAGAUGCCAACACUAAUAUAUUUGAAAAUAUUUCCGAAUUUAUUAUAAAUCAUUUAACGAUUUCCGAAUCUCUCAAAAUCGCUUUUGAUGAGUAUAACAUUUCAAAGAAAUAUAUAGAUAUUUUAUUUAAUAUUUUAAUAAAUGAAGGCAAUAAAUUAUUUCAAGUUUGUAUCAAUAGUUUCAGAAGUUAUAGUUUGUCAAAGCUUUAUGAUCUUCUUUUUGAAUAUAUAAGAACAACGACAAACUGUUCAAAAAUGGUGCCUGUUAUUAUGUUAGAAUAUUUAUCUGCCUCAAAUUUUGUAUUAAAAGAAAGAGGAAAAAAUGUUCAAAUUAAGCAUUUCAAUGGUGUAAAAUAUACAAAAUACCAAAUCACCAAUAAACAUAAUCCAAAUGUUAAAUUUUCAUUUUGCAACGCUGAGUGGAAAUAUGGAGUACCUUUUCAAUUUAAAAUAAAAAUAAUGAAAAAUUAA